AUGAUGUUCCGGCUACUGAGUUCCCUCCUGUUUGUGGCCCUUGCUUCGGGCUGUGGCAAACCUUUCUACAACCCCAACUCCCGCGUGGUCAAUGGCGAGGACGCGGUGCCCUACAGCUGGCCCUGGCAGGUCUCCCUGCAGUAUGAGAAGGACGGAGCCUUUCACCACACCUGCGGGGGCAGCCUCAUUGCCCCCAACUGGGUCAUAACCGCAGGCCACUGUAUCUCGAGCUCCCGGACCUACCAGGUGGUGUUGGGCGAGUACGACCGGAGCACGGAGGAGGGUCCCGAGCAGGUGAUCCCCAUCAAUGCUGGAGACCUCUUUGUGCACCCACUCUGGGUUUCCACCUGUGUGGCCUGUGGCAAUGACAUCGCCCUCGUCAAGCUGUCCCGCAAUGCCGAGCUCGGAGACGCAGUCCAGCUCGCCUGCCUCCCUCCUGCCGGCGACAUCCUGCCCAACGAGGCGCCCUGCUACAUCAGCGGCUGGGGCCGCCUCUACACCAAUGGGCCACUUCCAGAUAAGCUGCAGCAGGCCCUGCUGCCCGUGGUGGACCAUGAGCACUGCUCCCAAUGGGACUGGUGGGGCAGCACCGUGAAGACGACCAUGGUGUGCGCCGGAGGGGACAUCCGCUCCGGCUGUAAUGGUGACUCCGGAGGACCCCUCAACUGCCCCGCUGAGGACGGCACCUGGCAGGUCCACGGCGUGACCAGCUUCGUUUCUGCCUGGGGUUGCAACACAAUCAAGAAGCCUACGGUGUUCACUCGGGUCUCGGCCUUCAUUGACUGGAUCGAGGAGACCAUAGCAAGCAACUAGAACCAAGGCCUGGCUGGCAGUGCUAUUCACCUUUCCUAAACAAUAAAGAC